AUGUUUUCAGCUAUUCGAAGUCUUGUUUCUCCCACUCGCGAUCCUACCCAGGAGCUAGCAAGCGAUUCAGAGCUGGGUACCAUACCCGGAACAGUUAUUGGAUUCAAUGAGAAACACCAGGUGCCAACCUCCCCCCUCAAACGGGCUUUAUCCACUGACGAUACGGAACCUGAGAAGCCGGUCAAGCGAGUCAAGUCACUUGAGGCAGCACUCCCUCUACAAGAGCCGGAGUGGCCUGUGAGCUCUGGCAUCAAUAAAAAAGAUGAUCUGGAGCACGAGCCUCCCAUUCCUUCUGAAUCUGAACUAUCGGAGCCAGAAGCCUCUCCCAAAGAGCCUGUGCUGCCUGAGGGCUCUGGCAUCGAUAAUAGAAAUGAACCAGAGCAAAAGUCUCUGGUUCCUUCUGAAUCUGAACCAUCAGAGCCAGAAGGGUCUCCACAGAAAUUGAAAAAACGCAAGCGAUAUGAAGACUCCGACAUCAGUGAGAGCGAUGAGUUUGGGUCCGAUCUGAGCUCGCUUGAAUACGACAGCUUCAGUGUAAGUUGCGAUAGCGAGGAUAGUGAUGACAGUGAGUCUCUAUCCUUACCAUCACCAAAGCGAACGAAGAGGACUGCUGUAAAUCGUCUUAAGGCUCAAUCAAAGAAGAGAAAGGACUCGGAUAAGACGAUGUCUGAGCCAAGUGAGGUCGAGUGCGAUAGUGAGGAAGAAUUUUCUAUUCCGAAAGGUGAACGCAACGAGCUACUCAAUAAUCUCACCAGAGAAAGAGCAAAGCGUCUACUUGACACAGUGGAACUUCCCCAAGGCCACCACCUGUCACCAGAUGAGCAGCGCACUGCCCGUCAACUCCUUACUCGUGGCUGUAUGCCAACGAUCCACCGACACUGGGAGAAAGACUUCUCUACCCUACCAGAGUCAUUGUUCUUUAAUGAAAAGGAUGAUGAUUCCAGACACACAGAAUCCAACUUCGUUCUUGGAAACGACAGAGGAUCUGAGUUCUAUGCGAUCCGUGCCUUCCAAGAACUUCUGAAAAUUUGCGGCAAUGUGCGAGAUUAUGCGAACAUUCUUGAGACCUGUCCUUCAACCUACAUCAAGAGGUCGAUUGAAAAGUACCUGCGUUGGGCAUUAACGGAUGCUGGUAUCGUAGUUCAGCCCACCACGAUUCCCGUGCACUUUAUCUAUUGCAAGAGGCAGACUGAAAGUUCGAAGGACGCCUUUGACAAAGUGGCCAAAAAACUAACGAAACUAUCGGAUACCUGGAAAAGCCAACUCGGUUCAUCUCACGGCAUAAGAAACGUUUGGCCAGCAGUGAUCGGGCUCGUCAUCUGUGGGCCUGUUCUUUCGACGAUCACCCUGAAUACAAAUCCAAAACCGCAGGCAUCAAUACCCGGAAUCAAGUUCCUUGGUCAUUUUGACCUUUCGGAUUUCGAUAACGAUGUCUGGAACACCCUGGCGGUCGCAAUUAUGGUGAUGCACAUCAAAAGAACCAUGAGAAAACUGGCUAAGGCCUACGAUUACCCCUUCGUGGCCCCGAUGGUUGAUAAUCAUGACAUGGAGUCCCCGGAUAUUGAUCUCUGA